GAUCCUCCGUUGUCCUUUGGGUUAAAUCCAUUAACUGCCCAGCCCACGUUCAGGGUCCUUCAAAUUUUGUUUUUUUUUUGGUGUGCUUUUGAAAGUUUCCCACAUCCAAAUUUGAAGGACCCUCCCUCUGUUUCCUUGCUCUUCUUCUUCCUCAUAUGUUUAUUGCUGAAAUCUUUUCAUUGCUGUGCCACUUCUAUGGAUUCUUGACCAACGUGUUCGCGAUCCAGAUCGGCUUAUUUCCUAAACCUUCCGGAUCUGUACGAGGGAAUUUUGGCUUAAUCGUCCAGGCAUGAAUUGCUGCCCCUGUUUCUCAUUGCAGAAGAGCCAAAAGGAAGAUGACGAUGCUGCAGCCAAUGUUGCUGGUAUCAACAAGCCAAAGCCCGGAGGCGACACCAAAAACAAGGAGGAGGAAGUCGAGCAUGGAAACAUCACGUCCCAGAAUUUCACAUUCCGCGAGUUAGCCUCAGCCACAAAGAAUUUCCGACAGGAGUGCUUGUUGGGCGAAGGUGGAUUUGGUCGAGUAUACAAAGGAACCCUCCAGGGGACCGGGCAGGUGGUUGCCGUCAAGCAACUCGACAGGCAUGGACUACAAGGAAACAAGGAGUUCCUCGUCGAAGUCCUCAUGUUGAGUCUCUUGCACCACGAAAAUCUUGUCAAUCUCAUCGGAUAUUGUGCUGAUGGCGAUCAAAGACUUCUCGUGUAUGACUACAUGCCCGGAGGUUCCCUAGAAGAUCACCUGUUCGACAUUGGACCGGAGCAGAAACCUCUGGAUUGGCUCACCAGACUGAAAAUCGCAUUUGGUGCUGCACAGGGUCUCGAGUAUUUGCAUGAUAAGGCCAAUCCACCUGUUAUAUACCGCGAUUUGAAGUCCUCAAACAUCUUGCUUGACAAGGAUUUCACUCCGAAAUUAUCCGACUUCGGACUGGCCAAGCUCGGGCCUGCUGGAGACAAGAUGCACGUCUCGUCCAGGGUUAUGGGUACGUAUGGCUAUUGUGCUCCGGAAUAUGCAAGAACGGGCGAACUAACAGUGAAGUCCGACGUAUUUAGCUUUGGAGUUGUCCUGCUAGAACUCCUUACCGGACGGAGAGCAAUUGACCCGACAAAACCUACUGAUGAGCAAAAUCUAGUUGCUUGGGCUCAGCCUAAAUUCAGGGACCCGAGAUUGUUUCCAGAUAUGGCAGAUCCAUUACUCCAUAAGAGAUUUCCUGAAAAAGCAUUAAAUCAAGCCGUUGCCAUAGCAGCCAUGUGCCUGCAAGAAGAAGCCUCAGUCCGGCCUCUAAUGAGUGAUGUCGUUACCACUUUAAGCUUCCUUUUAGUGGCUCCACCUGAGCCCGUGCAUGUUCCUCCUGAGACCGUUCAUGUUCCUCCUCCAGAGCCCAACAAACCUGCCCAGGAAGAACAUGAAAGCGAAAGCGAUGAAGAAACAGAUGACGAAGACAGCGCACAUAAGCAGGACACAGAGGUCGAUGAAGGUCACGAACAUGACCAAAUUACAGGAGGGAAUGAUGAGGAUAGAAAAAGUUAUGAUAAGCGAUCUGAUUCGGGUUCGAGCAGCAUGAGUAGCAUGUCGAGGAAUGAAAGUGUUGCGGUGAGGGACAGAAGCAGUUGGUUCACGCAUGACGGAAGCCUUUAUUAUUCGCACAAGCUAAGCGGGAGAUUGUCUAAUGGAAGCGUGUCUUCGGUCCAUGAGAUGAGCAAAGACAGCGGAAAAUAUUCCCUGAGCCAUAAGAGCAGCAAGAGCAGCAAGAGAUCAUUUGACGCAGUCGACCUUUUGAGUCCAAAAGGAAGCGGUAGAUACAACAAAACAGGGUCACUGGAUCAUGCCGCCUCUUUGGGGGACGAUGACACGGGGGGUUCACAGGAUGGGAGCCACAGAAUCAAUCUCUCUAGUCCAAAAGGAAGCAGCAGAUACAGCAAAACAGGGUCACUAGAUCAUGCUGCUUCCAUGGGGGACAAUGACACGGCGGGUUCACAGGAUGGGAGCCACGGAAUCGAUCUUUCGAGUCCUAAAGGAAGCAGCAGAUACAGCAAAACCGAGUCACUAGAACAUGCUGCUUAUUGUGGGGACGAUGACACGGGGGGUUCCCGGGAUGGAAGCUUCAAUCAGCGGCACAACAGCCACAGUGUAUCAAGGGACAAUACCCUUUCAUUAAAACGAGACAGCAGCGAGGAAUCCCUAGAUGAUGCCGAUUCGAUUCGUUCCAAGCAAUCGAGCGAUGAGCAUGUCCACUCGUGAUCAUAAGUUUCUGUCACUUGGUCAUCUCGAUUUUACAUACAGAGUUUUAAGUUCUUGUCUCUCUUCAUUUAAUUUGUGACCGUCCAUCAUGGAUACAAUCUUGUCACUAGUGAAGAGGGCGCGCAUUCGAUUUUUUUCAUGCGGGUUCAAUCAAUCAAGUUCUUUCUCCCUAUAGAGUAUGUAACACAUUGCUUAUCUGUGCACGUACUUCGGCGUCGAAAUUUGAUGCUAUACCAGGAAUAAGCAAC